UCGUCGUGAAAACAUCGUGCUGUACUUUGGAGCGUCAGUGCAUCUUGGACCAGUAGUUUAACAUGGCUACCGGAUAUGCAUCUCAUUUGAACGGAGAGAAUAGGCGUGGGGAGCAGGAUGCUCCACGUACCCACAAGUGUGACGAGUGUGGCAAGGAGUUUCGUUACCUGAGUGAUCUGAAGCGACACAUGCGGACUCAUACAGGCGAAAGACCUUACCGGUGUGAGGAAUGUAAGAAAGGCUUUUGUCUGCUGGGUAGUCUGAAGAGACACGAGCGGACUCAUACAGGUGAGAAACCGUAUGGGUGUGAAAAAUGUAGACAGCAGUUUAGUCGACUGUCAGGCCUAAAGACACAUAUGCGGACACACACAGGUGAGAAACCGUAUAGUUGUGGGGAGUGUAGUAAGCAGUUCAGUCAGCUGAGUCAUCUGAAGGAACACAUGAGAACUCACACAGGUGAGAAACCUUACAGGUGUGAAGAAUGCAGCAAGGAGUUUAGUCGACUGAGUGAUCUGAAGAGACACGUGCGGACUCACACCGGUGAGAAACCGUACAGGUGUGAGGAGUGUGGCAGACACUUCAGUGAGCUGUGUAGUCUGAAGAAGCACAUUCGGACUCACACUGGUGAGAAACCUUACAGAUGUGAGGAGUGCGGCAGGCAGUUCAGUAGGCGGGGUAGUUUGAAGACGCACAUGAGAAGUCACAUGGGUGAGAAACCGUAGAUUUGCAAAGAGUGCAGGAAGCAGUUUAGUCAACUGUCAAAUCUAAAGAGACACGUACGAACUCCCACACUGAAAACUGUACACUUUUGAAAAAUGCAACCAAAUCUAAAUCGGCGAAAAUUUGGUGUAAAAAGCUGUGCAAGUAUUUCGUCAUGUAGCGAUAAAGGGAGCUGUAGCAAUGUUUGUAUUUGAUGAACAGACUGAGUCGUUUUAGAAGUCAGUUCCUCGUGGUAUUCUUUAACAAUGUGAACUCUUAUUUUGCAGUUUUGUACUCUCUUAAUGACUUCAUCGUAAAACCAGUAACGUAACGUAUUUUUUACGAUCGUUGUUGCAUGCUUUGUAGACCUUUGGUUAGAAGUAGAAAUGUAUGUGUGCAAAUGCGAUUGUGGUUUUUUGUAGUGACGGUU